AUGGGAACCAUUAGAUUCGGGGGUAAGUCCGGGUUGUUACCCAAGGUGCGUCCAGUGUUCAAACAUCAUCCUGUGAAGCCCAAGACGCAUUUUGAGUUAGCUCAAGAGAAGAACCUCGAACAAGGUUAUGCUGACAAUGUACCCUUACCUGAGAAGAAAGGUUUCACAUUUUAUCGUAAACCUAAGGAUUUACCUGUGAUGUCAGUUGAAGAAAGAAUAAAGAAAUACAUCGACAGCAAGGUUCCUCAAGACAUAGAUGAAAGCAAAUUAAGUGAGAAUGAAAUAUGGCAAUUGAAAAGAGAUGAGAUUCGUAGAGAACAUUUAAGAGAAGCUUAUUUAAAGGAGUUUAAAAGAUUGGAGAAGAUUGAUAAAUUAAAGGAAUUAGUUGCUCAUAAAGAAAACGAACGAGUUUCGGAAAUUGCUCAUGAAGAAUCUGAAGCCUAUAAAUUGACUUUACCAACAGUUUCCAGUUUUAUUAACGGUCGUAUGAUGCAAGAGAGAAGUCCAGAACAGCAAGCCCUUGUUGAUGAGCAAAGAAUUUUGAAUAGAAAGUCCAAACAAUUGGAAGUUGCUGAAAAGAGAGCCACCGAAUUAUUGGAGUUAUAUCAUUCAGCUAAUGGGUUCAUCACUACUGAAGAAGAAUUGGAGCAAGCUAUUAAGGAAGCUUUUGAAGUCAAUGUGUCCAAGUUUGAACGGAAUAUGAUGAACAUUGACAACAAGCUUUCUGGUUAUUCCUUUGCCUACGCUCAAGCCAAUACCACUGAGAGUAUAAUAUUUGAUGAAGUUUUCGGAGAAAUUAAGGGCCAACCGGGUUUGGAAGUGGUUAAGGAUACCUUGGACGGAACCACUCAAACAUUGAAGCAACAAGCUCAAGUGAAUCUUAAUGAGAAGAUUUAA